AUGAGUUUGAGACACAUGGAGAACAUGCCUUUUCACCAUGCAAGCCCUCCAGGAGCACAGAGGCAAUGCUGGAAGCCAUGGAUCUUCUCAGCAUUAGUUCUUGUGCUGCUGGUCUGUUCCUUCAGCACAGUAAUUUCUCUUUAUCUUCCCCUGCAGGCUGUCAGUGAGCCCUGUGUGGCUAAGUUUGGACCAUCACCAUCAAAAUGGCAAAUGUCAUCUCCUGAGCUUCCUUGCGUGAGCCAGAUAGCUGACUGGGAGCUGAAGAUACUUCGGGAUGGCUUGUAUUCCAUUUAUGGCCAAGUGGCUCCCAAUACAACCUACGAGGAAAAAGCUCCGUUUGAGGUGCGGCUGCGUAAAAACAAAGACGUCAUACAAGCUCUAACAAACAACGCGAUAAUCCAAAAUGUAGGAGGGACUUACGAGUUGCACGCUGGAGAUAUAAUAGACUUGAUCUUCAAUGCCAAACAUCAGGUUCUAAAGAAUAAUACGUACUGGGGGAUCUUAUUGUUGGCCAAUCCCCAGUUCAUCUCCUAG